AUGAGGUGGAGGCGGUGCCUGCGCGGGGACGCAGUGCUCACGCUGCUCCUGGGCACCGCCCUUGGCCUCCUGCUCUAUGUGCAGCGGGACGGGGCGGUCCCGACCACCAGGGCGCCGCGGGCUCAAGGGCUCACUCCCAGGGCCCGCAAACUCCAGGCCCCGGAAACGGGGGCCGCACCCCUGGCCUACGAAGGGGACACGCCGGAACCGCCCACGCCCACGCCCACGGGCCCCUUUGACUUCGGCCGCUACCUGCGAGCCAAGGACCAGCGGCGUUUCCCGCUGCUCAUUAACCAGCCGUCCAAGUGCCUCGGAGCUCGGCCACACCUGCUCAUCGCCGUCAAGUCGGUGGCGUCGGAUUUCGAGCGGCGCCAGGCCGUGCGCCAGACGUGGGGCGCCGAGGGUCGUGUGCAGGGGGCGCUGGUCCGCCGCGUGUUCUUGCUGGCCUUGCCCAGGGGUGCAGAUGCGGCGGCGGCGGCGAACUGGCUCUCCCUGCUGCGAGCUGAGAGCCGCGCCUACGCGGACAUUCUGCUCUGGGCCUUCGAGGACACUUUCUUCAACCUCACGCUCAAGGAGAUCCAUUUCCUGACCUGGGCCUCGUCCUACUGCCCCGACGUGAGCUUCGUCUUUAAGGGCGACGCUGAUGUGUUCGUGCAUGUCGGGAAUCUUCUGGAGUUUCUGGCGUCUCGGGACCCGGGCCAGGAUCUGCUUGCUGGUGAUGUGAUCGACCAGGCGCGGCCAAUUCGCGUGAAGAGCAGCAAGUACUAUAUCCCCGAAGCUGUGUACGGCCUGGGGGUCUACCCGGCUUAUGCAGGCGGUGGUGGCUUUGUGCUGUCAGGGGCCACAAUGCAGCGGCUGGCCCGCGCCUGUGCGCAGGUGGAGCUCUUCCCCAUCGACGAUGUCUUCCUAGGCAUGUGCCUGCAGCGCCUGAAGCUCACGCCUGAGUCUCACCCUGCUUUCCGGACCUUUGGCAUCCCCCAGCCCUCAGCAGCCCCACACCUGAGCACCUUCGACCCCUGCUUUUACCGUGAGCUGGUUGUGGUGCACGGGCUCUCAGCUGCCGACAUCUGGCUUAUGUGGCACCUACUACAUGGGCAGAAGGGCUCAGAUUGUGCGCGGCCACUGCCUGUGGCCACUGGCUCCUUCCAGUGGGGUCCCUAG